AUGUUUGGGGCUGUUUGGGCGGCAUUUUGGAUAUCUAGACAACACGAUGACGGCGACGUUGAACCUUUGAAGUUGUGGGGGAAGACGCCGAGUGGUCAAACUUGGAAAUGUUUUUAUAUAAACUUGAUUCCUCGCACCAAGAAAUAUAUAUUUGGUGGAUCUACAACAACCAUGCUUGAGGCAAGGUCAUCAUAUCAGGAGGGAAGCUUGUGGUUUUAUGCGCCAAACAAAGGCGCUGCAAUUGCAUUUGCGAUUCUCUUCGCUAUAUCUGGCGCCCUCCAUGGAUAUCAAUGCUUCAAAUAUAAUUCCUGGAAAGUUACCGGCCUUCUUCCAUGGUCUGCCAUUCUGUUCACGGCAGGUUUUAUCAUGCGAACUAUUGGAGCGUUUGGGCAGUGGGGAAAUAUACCCAUCUAUAUCGCAAGCACCGUGCUUCUCCUCGUCGGACCACCAGUAUAUGAGGGUGCCAACUUCUUCAUUUUGGGUCGUAUACUCUACUACAUCCCGUACCACUCCCCCAUCCACCCUGGCCGCGUAGCUACGACCUUUGUCGCCUUGGGUCUGGCCAUUGAGAUCAUUACCGCCAAUGGAGCGGCCCGAAUCGCAAACACUAGUGGUAACUCGCAAAACACCGGCAAGGCAAUGCUAAAGGCGGCGCUUAUCAUGCAGAUCGCUCUCAUGAUAGGCUUUGUGACUUUGGCCGGCCGAUUCCACUUCAACUGCUCCCGAGGAGGCGUAUUGAACCGCAAGAUCAAGAAUGCCCUACUGGUGCUAUACUGCAGCUGUACCUUCAUAACGAUCCGUACCAUCUAUCGCACCGUGGAAUACUUUACUGCAGCGAGUCUGAAUGCUUACGCCGACCUAGAGAAUAUCAGCCCUGUAUUGAAACAGGAAUGGUUCUUCUGGUUCUUUGAGGUUGCGUUCAUGUACAGCAAUACCACUUUGCUGAAUGUCUUUCACCCAAUGCACUGGCUUCCGCGAUCAAACAAGAUUUAUCUCGCUGAAGAUGGUGUUACGGAAAUUGAGGGCCCUGGCUAUGAUGAUUCCCGUCGUUGGAUCCAGACUCUUGUCGAUCCAUUUGAUAUCUACGGACUGAUCGUUAGCCGAGGCAAGAAAGAGAAGUAUUGGGAAGCAAGUCCGACUCGGAGCGAGGAAACCACUACUAGAAUCACUCAAGGGGUAUGA